AUGAUUUCAUUAACACUUUGGCUUUUUUUAUGGUCAUGUUUUUUUGUUCUUGCUCCAUCAUCAUUGAAUAUUAAUCAUAGUCGAUCACUGGUGAAUUUAACUCUUAAAACUCCCAAUUUAUUUAAUAAUAAUUCAGAAAUAUUCAUGAAACAACGAAAAAUGAAAAUAAAUCGUACUAAAAGUGCAAUUAAUUAUCCUUAUUUCGACAUCAAUUCUUAUCGAAGCUCGUGGAUAUUUGUUGAUAAAAGAACAUUGCGAGUUCGUUUUCGUCUUUAUGAAUCAUUAUUACAUUCUAUUGUAUCAACACAUUUUCUUGUUCGUCAUACACGUACUAAUCAAGUUCGAAUAUAUGAUGAACAAAAUGAAAUAAUUAAUUCAACAUUAACACUCUAUUUGCAUAAUAUAAAACAUGGUCGACAUACAGUAUGCUUAUUACUGUAUACAUCAAAAUUAAUGAAAAAUCCUAAACAUAUUUUUUGUCAAGAUAUUAUUUUUAAUUUCCAUAAAUAUGGUCAUCAGGAUAUUGAUUCAGAUGAAUAUGGAAAUACAUUUUUCUUUCUCCUUACACAAUAUGCUAUAGUAUUGGGAAUAUUAUGUAUUUUACAACUAGUACAUGCAGCUCGUAAACGUCGAUUUUUAAAAACUGUUUAUGAUAAAGCAAAUGCUUUACUAAAUUUUAUGACGGAAAAUCAUCAUCAUUUACAAGAAAAUAAAUCAACAAUAGAUUUAAAUAAUCAAACACAUUCAUUAGAAUAUCUCAUUUAUAAUUUAAAUCGACAUGCUUUGUAUAAUUUAGAUGAAUUGCAGAUGCAACCAACAAAUGAAAAUAAUGUUAAAAUAAUAAAUAAUUCAUCAAUAACUGAUCAACGAAGAAAAGGAAAUCAAAAACAUUUAAAAUUGCCUAAUCGAUUAAAUGAACACGUAAUAAUACCUUUACUCGAACAUCGUCGACGAACAAUAGCAACAACAAUAAAUAAUAAUUUUCAUUUGAAUGACGAGGAUUUUUAUGAAAAUUAUUUGGAUAUACCAUCAAAUGAAGAACAAUCAACCAGUUUCCAAUCAUUAUCUCAUAUUCUUGAAGCUAAUAAACCAUGGAUGACAAGAUUAACUGACAAUGGUAAUAUGGAACAUUCAAUAUUAACAUCUAAACCUUUAUAA